UUGAUUGAAUCUUUGCACGAUAUGUUGUUUAUUGCCAAUGGCCCAGAUUUAGUUACCAUUAUAAUUUGAACUGCAAGCUCGAGGACAUCGACCGUUUCGCAGACCUACAAGUACCAGGGCGACAUAAUGUACGAGUGUUUUCUUGAGAUAGCAUUCGAAGCGGAGUUGAAGAAUACACACGAAGACCCCGAAUGCCUCGCUUUGGCGUUCGAACAAUGUAACGAGAAUCCAGUUACCAGGGACGCAUCGAUCAGGGAACUAAGAGACAUGAUAUACGAGCGCGGUGAGUGCGAGCCUCACAGGACUGACGAUGCGUUUUUACUCCGUUUUCUUCGAGCGAGAGAUUUCAUUGUACCUCGGGCACACAAACUUUUGGUACGUUACUGCAACUUCCGGGCAGAAUAUCCACAUCUUUACAAGAAUGUUGAUUUAUGGGGACUUACCAAAGUGAAAGACAUCUAUGAAGGUUCAAUGCUGGAUAGACCUGAUGUUGGACGUUUGACUAUUUUUAGAUUUGGUACAUGGAACCCAAGCGAGUUACCGAUAGAAGACUUGGUACGAGUAGGGUUGGCAAUGGCAGAGAUCGGCAUCCGCCAGCCUAAGCUUCAGGUGCUGGGGGGUUUCGUCAUUUUGGACAUGGAGGGGUUUUCAUUACAACACAUCGCCACGCUAACACCCACCAUUGCGUACCAGAUGGUGUGUUUGUUGGGUGUAGCAACACCAGGACGUUUGCAGGGUUGUCACAUUAUAAAUUACAACUGGCUUCUAAAUUCUUUCUUUUACAUCUUCAAGCGCUUCAUUCCGCAACAAGCUUGGGGUCGCAUCUUCUUCCAUGGUCACGAUCUGAAGUCACUUCACCAGCACAUCGACCCUGAAUGCUUGCCUAAAAGAUAUGGUGGCACAUGUAGGAACCAUGUGUCAAUAGGACAAUGGUUUCAAAAGAUUAAAAAGUACAGAGACGAACAGUUCGAUAAGGAAAUGAAAGAUCUUGGAUAUCUUGUUAAAGAAUAAAUAAGAUAUUAAAAAUUAAUUAAGAAAUACUUAUAAAA